UUGGUGCGGUAUCAGCAGCUGGUAAGAUAAACGGUACUGGGUGUGUGAUAAAUGUUGAAGAUCUUUGCCAUGUACAAUUAGUUUAAUCAAAAUUUGAAAUGAAAAUCGUUGUCGCUCUCAUUCCACUGCUGGUUGCAUAUUGCGUUGGACAAUGUCAGCCUUGGAUUCCAGUACCAGCAAGUCAACAUGCUUGGAUGCCAUGGAUUUGGAAAGAGAGAUUUCAAGCAAAUGUGGUCAAUGCCAGAGACAAUGCACCAAAUAUACAAUUGAUUUUUCAAGGCGACUCAAUAACUGAAGGUUGGAGCUGGAUGGCAACCGAUUUAUGGGAUGAACAUUAUGGAUCAAGAGGUGGCGUCAACUAUGGCAUAGGCGGUGAUUCUACGCAACAUGUUCUGUUUAGGAUUCAGAAUGGCGAAACUGAUAGUCCUGAUCUGGCGCCAAGGCUGUUAGUGCUUAAGAUCGGUACUAACAAUAUCGGUUGGUGUUCUGAAGACGGAAUAGCUCGAGGAGUUGUGACAAUUGUCGAGGAAUACCGGAGGCGGCUUCCUUUGAUGCGCAUUUUGGUAUUGGGCAUUCUACCUCGUUACAAUUUGGCGGAAACAACGAUUGUUGAUCGAAUCAAUGCAAUGGUCGAGCCUAAUGUAGUUGAGGGAGAUAUGGUCCGGUUCCUCAAUAUGAGAGACACUUACUUCAACAAUACAACGGACGAAUUAAGGUACGAAAUGUACAAUGGGGAUGGACUACAUUUGUCUUUGGCUGGAUACAUGGCAUGGCAACAGACAAUGGAUUCACUGUUCGACGAAAUGUGGAAUUUAUAACAAAGAAAGAGUUGAUUUAAUGGCCGCAGAAUUGAGUAUAUG